GGCCGACUACAACUCCCAGAGGGCAGCACGGCAGAAGCCGCGGGUGCUUUAGUUCCAAGGAGGACCCCGACCCUCAGGAGGAAGAGGAUUUGCGUGGUGGGAGCCGCAGUCGGCGCGGCUGGCUCUGCUCACCUCUGCCUCCUCCUGAGCCGGGCAGCCAUGAAGGACUCGCUGGUGCUGCUUGGCCGUAUCCUGGCGCACCCGGACUCCCGCUGCUGGUUCCUGGCCUGGAACCCCGCGGGAACCCUGCUGGCCUCGUGCGGGGGCGACCGGAGUGUCCGCAUUUGGGGCAGGGAGGGUGACAGCUGGAUCUGCAAAUCUGUCCUUUGUGAAGGCCACCAGCGCACCGUGCGGAAGGUGGCUUGGUCUCCCUGUGGGAAUUACCUGGCCUCUGCCAGCUUUGAUGCUACCACUUGCAUUUGGAAGAAGAAGGAUGAUGACUUUGAGUGUGUAACCACUCUGGAGGGCCAUGAAAAUGAGGUCAAGUCAGUAGCCUGGGCCCCAUCUGGCAACCUCCUUGCCACCUGCAGCCGAGAUAAGAGUGUGUGGGUCUGGGAAGUUGAUGAAGAAGACGAGUAUGAAUGUGUCAGUGUCCUCAACUCUCACACACAGGAUGUCAAGCAUGUGGUUUGGCACCCGAGCCAGGAGCUGUUAGCCUCUGCCAGCUAUGACGACACAGUGAAGCUCUACCGGGAGGAAGAGGAUGACUGGGUAUGCUGUGCCACCCUCGAAGGCCACGAAUCCACUGUGUGGAGCUUGGCCUUUGACCCCAGUGGCCAGCGCCUGGCCUCUUGCAGUGAUGACCGUACCGUGCGCAUCUGGCACCAGUAUCUACCAGGCAAUGAGCAAGGGGUGGCGUGCAGCGGCUCUGACCCUAGCUGGAAAUGUAUCUGCACCUUGUCAGGCUUCCACUCCAGGACCAUUUACGAUGUCGCUUGGUGUCAGCUGACAGGGGCCCUGGCUACCGCCUGUGGGGAUGAUGCCAUCCGAGUAUUUGAGGAGGAUCCCGGCUCAGAUCUGCAGCAGCCCACCUUCUCCGUGACGGCCCACGUGCCUCAGGCCCAUUCCCAGGAUGUCAACUGUGUGGCCUGGAAUCCCAAGGAGCGGGGGCUCCUGGCCUCCUGCAGUGAUGAUGGAGAGUUGGCCUUCUGGAAAUACCAGCUGUCUGAAGGCCUCUGAGCCACCUUGACUUUGGACAGAAUCAUGGUUCCCCAGAAAAUGUCAUAAGACUUUCCCAGGCCCUGAGAGGACCCCGAGGAGCAUCCCUGACCUUCCUUUAACUUGGCCCUCCUCCAUGCAGACUUGGGUAGAAGUGCAGGCCACAGAACCACUCACUCUUUUCCCUCCUUUGACACAGAGUCCUUGGUAAACAGCUACAGAACAUCAGUGUAUUGUACUUAAGCCAGAUUUUGCUUGCUUUAGGGCACAGUGUUAAAUUUGGGGGUGGUGGUGAGUAUACUGUUUAUAAUCAUCAUAUCUAUGUGUAGGAGGGAUAUAUCUCAGCCCUUUGUGAAACUAUAAGCUUUAUAGAAAUAAUCCAUCUGAGUCCCAAGUCCUGUUUUAUAUUAUAAGGACAUUCACAAUCUAAAAGAA